GGGUAGGGAGUUCCAGAGGAUGGGUGACGCCCUGGAGAAGUCUUGGAGAUGAGCAUGGGAGGAGGAGAUGAGGGAGCUAGAGUGUAAGAGGUCUUGUGAGGAGCGGAGAGUACGGUUUGGGUAAUAUUUAGAGAUGAGAUCGGGUGAUGUAAAUUGGGGGGCAGUGUUGUGGAUGGCUUUAUAUGUCAUUGUUAGAGUUUUGAAUUUUAUCCGUUGGGCAACUGGGAGCCAGUGGAGGGAUUGGCAGAGAGGGGUGAGGACACUGAGUGGGGGCCAGUGGAGGGAUUGGCAGAGAGGGGUGGAGGACACUGAGUGGGGGCCAGUGGGGGGAUUGGCAGAGAGGGGUGGAGGACACCGAGUGGAGGCCAGUGGAGGGAUUGGCAGAGAGGGGUGGAGGACACCGAGUGGGGGCCAGUGGAGGGAUUGGCAGAGAGGGGUGGAGGACACCGAGUGGGGGCCAGUGGAGGGAUUGGCAGAGAGGGGUGGAGGACCACUGAGUGGGGGCCAGUGGAGGGGAUUGGCAGAGAGGGGUGGAGGACACUGAGUGGGGGCCAGUGGAGGGAUUGGCAGAGAGGGGGGUGGGACACUGAGUGGAGGGAUUGGCAAAGAGGGGUGGAGGACACUGAGUGGAGGUCAGUGGAGGGAUUGGCAGAGAGGGGUGGCAGAUACAGAACGCAGCAUUCAUGAUAGACUGAAGAGGGGAUAGACUGCGAUGAGGUAGGCCAAUGAGGAGGGAGUUACAGUAGUCGAGGCGUGAUAGGACACAG